GGGACAAAUUUUGCCCGGAGGGCAUACUUUAUUAGUGUCAGUGUGCAAUGCUGUCAGUGACUCUUCUCCUCCUGUUCAUUUCGUCUCCAGUCAAGUUUCUUUCUCGCUGAAAAUUCCCUUCCUGGCUCCUUCUCUUUGUGUGUGUAUGUGUGUCUGACUGUGACUGUAAUCUCCUACAUUCUUUUUUUCCGCUAAAAUGUUCCUUCUGGCCUAUUUCCUCGUCCCGGAUCACGGAAGAGGGACAACCCUCCUCUACUGAAGUCUGCCCCUCUGAUCAACUGACCGUCUGAAGAUUCACACACAAGUGUGUGUGUAGAGCUACGGCGAGAGACACACAAUUUUAGCCUCGAAGUUCAGUUGUUGGAACGCAUUUCCAGAUCGCUUUGAUAUCAGAGAAGUGAAAGGAAUGUGGACUAUUUCUCAUGGAGUUACCCGUGAGGAUUAACUCGCGAUAAGAAAUCGGCGCCCGUGCUUGUGUUUGACCGUGGACUGGAGUAUAUGUCUGAGGUAUAUCAACCUGCUCGGUGUUCUGUAGCCGUAGAGCUCGUGCAUGGUGAGUUUGAGACAGGCAGUUUGCUCCAGUCCAACUUCACAGUGAAAAGCAAAUCGGGAGAAAUGAUGCGAACAGCACGAAAGUUUUAAACAAACUUUUACUUGAGUGUCUAGAGAAAACACGAGUAGGUAAUUGGUCUCUUUUCAGAACAGUAAAUUGUCCUUCCACGUUUGGGAAUUUAGUUUACGGUGUGCAAACGCCACGGACAGAAUGAACAUCUCUGGGCGCGUGGUACUUGCGCUGUUGCUCGCCCUGCUUGUGGGCUUUACCGGGGGCACACAAGCCCAAGUAGUGUCCGCCAAGGUGAUGCGGUCGUCAAACGUGAGGCGAGAUGACUUGUACCGGAAAGAAGAGGUCGUCACGGUAACUGCAGCUGGGGGAGCCAUCCAGAGCCCCCGCUUCCCGAACGCCUACCCCCGAAACCUGCAGUUGUCAUGGAAACUACUGUCGCCCCACAACACCCGCAUCGUCCUGGAGUUUGACUCCCACUUUGCGCUGGAGGAACCAGAGAACGAAGUCUGCAGGUAUGACUUUGUGGAGGUGGAGGACAUCUCAGAGACCAGUACUAUUGUCUGGGGGAGAUGGUGUGGUCAGAGAGUCCCUCCACACCUCACCUCCAAAACCAACACCCUCAAAGUCACCUUCAAGUCAGACGACUACUUCGUGGCCAAGCCUGGCUUCAAACUCAACUACUCUCUACUGGAUAAUUCUCUUCCUACAGCAUCCAGGACGAACUGGGAAGCUGUGACCCAGAUGGAUGAUGCUCCGUCGCUGUUGGCCCCAGUGGUGACUGGUGUUCCUCUGACAGCAGCAGCGUUGGACCAGACCAUAGCAGCCUUCAACACAGUGGAGCAGCUCCUCCGCCACCUCAACCCUGACAGCUGGAGACAGGACCUGGACAGCUUGUACAGAGAGACAGCAAUGUACAGACCCCGGGCCUACCAGCACAACAGACAGAACAAGAUUGACCUGGACCGUCUGUAUGAUGAUGUGAAGCACUACAGCUGUACACCUCGGAACUACUCUGUCAACCUGAGGGAGGAGCUGAGGGCCACCAACGCCGUGUUCUUCCCACGAUGCCUACUGGUGCAGCGCUGUGGGGGGAACUGUGCCUGUGGGACGGACAACUGGAACGGCUGUACCUGCAGCCCGGCCAAGACCAGUGACAAACUACACGAGCCGUACCUGUACCUGCAGCCCGGCCAAGACCAGUGA